AUGAAAAGAGGUGGUGGACCGAAUGAGUUAGACCCCCCACCAAAAGUUUCUAAAACUAGAGAGUCUGUGGAUGAAGAUGAAUGUGUUGGCGAUUGGCAAGCAUCGCUUGGAUGUUCAUUAGCAGAAAGACUGGAAAAAAUCACUACUGUCCAACAUUUGACAACACGCCAAGUUAAAAGGUUGUUAAAGGAUGUCCUGACUAAUGAGGAUGUUGUGAGUGCUCUACGUCGGUAUAUUGACGGUGAAUUCAGAGAGCCUGAAACCGGUGAGGUUUCAGCAGCUACUCGAAGGCGCGCUAAAUCUUUGGGGUUAUUUUCUAUCCUCAGUGAUCUUGGAGGAAAUUCCGAUUACCACCUAGAAUCUAGAGCUAUCACUCGAUCACUUACUCGUCGUAUUGAAGAGUCAUUGCAAAAUCAGUUUCCACAUUCUACCACACCCGAAAAAGAAGCACCAUGCACCAUUCUUGAUAUGGAAUUCCCUGACGAAGAUGAUGGCAACGGAAAAAAUAUAGGGAACGAUUUAGAUAUUUCAUUGACCGAUAGUGAUUACCAACCGAACGAUAGAGAUUACAAAAUUUUAAGACGUGAUCAAGUGCUAGAUUUUACCGAAGCCUCCAAACAUAAUUCCUGUGUUACAGAUGUAGAAAAUGAAAGUUGUCUUAAUGGUAGUAGAAGUAGCACUGAGAGUGAUUCGCAAAUAGAUCUUGACUCUUGUGAUGACUGCAUUCAACCUAACAAUGUCGAUAAUUCUGUUUUCUGUGGAAACGAUAAUAAUUUAGAUAUACGAACUUCCCGUCUCACUCGUUCAAAAGCUAAAUCACUCAAGAGUUUAUCUGAAUUAAGAAAGCAUGAAAAUUCUAACUCCAGCGUAUCAUUUCGACCGGACGAUGCUGUUGAAUUUUCGCUUCCUGGUAGCUCUCAUUGUUAUCCUGAUGCAGAAGAGGGUGAAGAAGAAGAAGAGUUGAACGCAACAGAGGACAUAACAAAUAAAAAUUACAGUACAACAACAAAUAAAGAUGUAGAUAUUGAAGAUUCAGAUAACGAUGUAUAUACUCAAUUUCUUCGUUCGCUGUUCACUUCCGCUUCCAAUUCAGCGAACUGUACGCCUAACAAAUCAAAUCCAGGAAUAAAUGCUCCAGUUAAAGCGUCUACGAUCUGUGAAAAACUCUUAGGCGAUGAACCAAACAAAAACAACAGAUCCCAACCAUCAAAUGGACAUCAUUCUGAAAUGACAUCGCGGCCAAUAUCAAGGCUUGUAAAUGAUAUCAAUGACGAUGAAGACGAUGACGAUCCAGAAUUUGACGUUAUGGCAGAGUUAGACGAUGUUGAUGGGGAGGAUUUUUUCUAUGAAUUACGAGACGAUCGCGCUGUUCGAGUAUCUAAAAUGGAAGCCAAGAAUUUACAUGAAGAUUUACGUGAACUGUUUAGUUCAGAAGAAGGACAUGAAAAUCGUACACAUCAAUCCAAAACACCUUCAUUCCUGGCAAUGAAAGCUUAUGGCCAACGUUUGUUUCAUAUGGAUCGCAAUACAUUUCGAAAUAGUAGUCAAAUAGAUGAGUUUAACAAUCCACAACAUAUUCAAUCUCCUGCACCCAAUGAGAUUUUUCAUAAGACUACAGAUACUCCGGUCAAUCCAACUGUAACACGGUGUCGUAUCACCCUUACUGAGACAGAACUGGUUCGAUUAGAACGUCAAUUAGUAAUGCAUAUUCAAUUGUUAACUACGAAUUUCUUAUUAACAUAUGAUUUUCCUGAUAUGCAUGAAUAUGUUACCCGACCAUGUGCUACUCUUCUCAAAACUUUAAUUGCUAAACGUCAAGCUUUUGAUUUAGUUGCACUUCAACAAAAUAUUCCCGAUAAAUAUCCUGUUACAAGCUUCUAUUGGUGUUGUCCUACUUUGGAAAUGGCUGUUGAUUUGAUUUCCGAUUAUGCUGGAUUAUCUAUGCUUCCACGUUUACCAUGGAAUCCGUAUAAACAAGGAGUAGGAAAUAGUCUUACUAAGUCGCAAUCAUUCGCCUUGCCUAUCCCAUAUUGUUUAUUACGUAUAAUGACUAACAGUCCUAUUUGGUCUUAUGCGUGUUUAAUGCCUACCGUCUUGGGACCACAUCCGAAAAGUCAUGUCCGAUUAAUUUUUCAUCCAUCUGAAGAUGCUUUAAUGGUGAUGGGAUUGGCAGACUUUUCCGGUGCAUUAAGUCGAACUCGUAAAUCUCUCGAACCUAAAACUCUUAAUUAUCACCACCAAUCUAGAAGUCGUGGAUCUAAGUGUAAACAACCUUGUCGUUACAUUGCAUAUCGUUUAAUCGGUAGGCAUAUACUUCCGUAUCGUACACUAUUGCAGUUACGCUCUCGUCGUUGGAAUCUGUUGGCUAAUCGGGACAGUAUAGAUAAUGCAGGGGACUCCAAACAUGUACCAGUUGCUACUCGUCGUCUACUUCAACUCUACACUGAGUUAAGUCAACCAGGGGAAGUGGACCUAAAAAGAAUUCAACAGUAUGCUAAUGAAAUGACUACACUUGCUGCUCCUUAUGGUCUUCCACUAAUUGUUGAAUGUUUAACUGAUAAGAAUUCUAAAGAUUUGUUUACUUUUGAAGGGCUUCCCACCGAUGUAGGUUAUGAGCAUGUUUUAAAUUCUAACUAUCGUAAUGAAAAUGCAAAACGUAGAUUGGAUGUAUUAACUGAGUUCAUAGAAAAUGCCGAGUGUUUUUGGAGGUCACAGAUUGGAAAAACGCACUCUAUAGAAAUGAAAACAACAAAUUCAACAGAUGUAGAAGGUGAAUCCAUAGUCAAAUUAGAACCACCAGUUGAAUGUGAUGUGCUUGGUCCGAAUUAUUUACCUGCUAUCCCAGUGGAUCUCAAUCCUGACGGUACCGUAGUUCUCAGCAAAACCAGUGAACCUGCUCUAGUUGAAGUUUUUAAAGUGUCUGAUGAUUCGGAGUCAAUCCAUGAUUCAAAUAAUCACUCUGAAAAUCCAGUUAAUAAUUUAUCAAAUCAAGAAACACGAAAAUAUCGAACUGUUCAAACUAAAAAAUCACAUCAUAUCGAAUUUAUCCUAGCCCGGAUAAACAAACAAAAGUCAUAUAAACUUUCAGAUGAUGAUAAGGUAGAACCACCAGCCAGUGCUGAAAAUCAUGAUAUAUCAGAUGGUAUUGUUGCACCGUCCUCUGUUGAAUGCAUUUUAAAUGAUCAGCAGCUUGAGGAAAUGCCAAAUAUUUUGGAGUCUUACUGGAGUCAUACAGGUAAUGAUGCAUUAGAUGUUUGUCAAAAAGUAGCAGAUGCUUUAGUGAACUUAUUUCACUUUGGUUUUGAUAAAUUUUGUGCUGCCCGUGGAGACGCUAAUCUUGGACCUAGAAAGUUUUGCCAUAUGUUGAAGUCAUCAGUGUUAAAUCCUCAUAUUCCUAGUGCAGAUGCAAGUUCUGUAUGUUCAAACAACUUUCAAUCUGUUUUGGAUUCGUCAAUUUUUAUUGCUGAUGAGUGUCAGAGUCAAGCUGCAGGGAUCUUCCCAAGUGCAUGUCUUAUGACAUCUAGUCGUUUUGUUGCAAGAUGUCGGGCACGUGGUGAUGCUAACUCAUCUGACUUACUGACUCUACCGUCUUCUAUCAUAACUCAUACACAGGCAAUAACGGAUGAGAUGGAUGUGAGACGAGCACGUUCACUACUAGAUCGAUGUCGAACCUAUUUAGCUCCAGGUGAUUACAAAAAUAUGAUGAUUAACUUAUCCAACUUAAGUCAAGCUAUUCAGACUCCUAGAUUAAUCACCAGUAAUCAUGAACAGUCAGACAAAACUGAAGUAUUACUUUCUCUUACAUGUGUGUUAAAUUGUUUGGAAAAACAUUUAUCUUUGUGGGAGGAUUUUGUUUGCCUUCUUACUCCAUCACAAGCCCGUAGUCUGGGUCUGCUAUCUACAUAUUUCAAUCUGGCACGGAUCAACCGAGUGCAAAGAGUUUUACAGGAUAUUGUUCCCCGUGAUAGGAGAUUUUGGAGACGUCUUCGUAAUUUGGCAGAUAGCUGCAGCAUUGAGGCACGUCAUAUUCCAGUCAAAAAGAAGUUUUAUACAGGUGUGAGAGAUAAUUCUGCUCAUGAUCCUUCAAAUGCAGAUAAACAAGACCUCCAUGAUUGCAGCGAAAGAGCAACUAAUGGGACUCGAAACAUUCGGAAAUCAUCUGUGUUACAACAGGGUCAAAGUUCAGGUACAAUCUUAAGUAAAACCCAAACCAAAUCCCGCGUUAGAGGUUUGCGGCAUCGAAAUAUGCAUGAUGCAUUCUCCAAAGCUUGGUCAGUUCUGGAGAGUAGUUGGCGCAACCGUCCUGUUCUCUUAUCACGUAUCGCCAGUCUUAUUAAUACUAGACAUAAGCCAUAUGUCGGUUUUGAACAGAGUUUUGAAGAAUCAGAUGUACUUGCUCGUCAUCCUGUAGGGAACUCAACUUAUCCCGAGAAUUUAAAUCAAAAUGCAGGCAUUUCAAACAAUAGAUACAUCCCUUCUCCAAUCAACGCCCUUUCUCCUCAGUUACGAUCCUUUCUUUCGGAAGGAUGGGAAGUAUGCACUGACCUUGCUUCAACAGCUCACAAUCGAAAUAACUCGUUAGGUACACUCUGGGCUCGUAGACAAUGUCCUUGCCGAUGUCAUCCUAGUGCAUCAUCAAACAGUGUUCCAAUAACAAACCAAUCUGGAAAACCUAUUAAAAAGGUUGACAGUCUUGGUUUAAGACACUGCAUUUCUUGCAGUUUGAGAGUGCAUCGUGGCAUUGUGUAUGUUGAUGAGUGCAAUCUUCAUCUGCGUCACGUGAAGAUAACUUGGCCACCUGGUUUUAAACCAAAAGCUCAUUUACCUCGAAGUUCCCUAUCAGCUGACUCUGUUGCAAAUCAAAUCCCUCGUCCUGCAACAAUCCAUCAUGCAUCAUCAAAUAUUCCUACUCGUACUGCUUUAAGCGAACUUGCAAAAAUGCAUGCCAGAUUACAUUCUACAAACAGAGUAUCAAAUCAUCGCAAUUUCCUACCAGAUAUGGCUGGUCGACGUGUUUCAAUCGAAUUUAUUCCUUCUUUUAAAUCAAGUACAUCAGACAGUCGACAAAUCGAUGAUUCAAGCAAUCAAGAUGAAUGUAAUGCUCUUGAAGGAACUGAUGACGUUCAACUCUCCUGUCCUCCAGUAGAUAAGCAUCAAAGACUAGUCGAUGUAGAUAGUAGAAAUGGUCUCAUACCACGUGAAUUACAUUCGAAAUUUGAUGUAGAAAAUCCUAUGAGUUGGUCGCUGGAUGAUGAAGCUGCUUGCUUCAAUACAGAAGCUUUUGCAUCUACAUACAAUGAGAAUCAUGAAGGUGACCCGUGUGAAUUAGUUAAUGAUGAUUGGACACCGGAAGAAGACAGGCAGUUAUUGGAAUUUUGUAAAGCUAAAGGACGUUACAGCUCUCAGAUGUUUACAGACUUAGCUAAAAUAUGGGAACCCAAACCAUAUGUUUACUCUGCACAACGAAAUCCACUGGAAUUAGAAGAACGUUUUAAACAUCUCAUGCGUAUCACAUUGAGAGAAGCUUAUGAUCCAGAGUUAUUUCAAACGCCGUAUAGAGACGAAUCUUCAUGUGAAGAUGACUAA